CUAUUGACCCGCGCAUGACCAGGAACUCUUUGUUUGUGCGGAAGUCGUUUAACCUCCGUGCCCGGGACUCGGGGGUGGUCCAGUCCCCAGGGUUCCCCGACUCUUCCUACCCCCCCAACGUCUACCUGCAGUGGCGUCUCCGUGCCGACGCCGGCCACCGUGUCCGCCUGGACUUCCACACGCUGAUCCUGGAGGACGACUGCCAGCAGGACUUCAUCCAGAUCUACGACUCUCUGGCCCCCAUAGAGCAGCGCGUCCUCACAGAAGCACCAAGUCCUCACAGACCCCCUCUUGUUGCGCUGGUCCCCCGGAAAAAAAAAACCCCCCCCCCACAAACAUCCUCAGAUCCCUCUGACUCAACAAGAUUCCUUUCUCCAGGGACUUCCUGCUUAAAUACCAAAGAGUGUGGAGGUAAACUAACUGGAGAUAAAGGAUUCUUCUCUUCACCUUUCUUCCCGUCCAACUAUCCUCCUAAAACCACGUGCAUCUGGACCAUCGAGGCCCCCCAGGAGAGGUUUGUGAAGGUCCAGUUCAACAAGUUCUUCCUGGGGAAGUCCAGCAGAGAGUGCAGCGGGGACUACGUCGACGUCGACGGUCACAGACUGUGCGGGACUAAACCCAGAAGCACCGUGGUCACCAGCAGCAACGUGAUGACCAUCACCUUUGUCUCGGACUCGUCCUACGUGGACCAGGGCUUCACCGCCGAGUACGAGACCUUCGUCCCCACCAAUCCGUGUCCCGGGCGGUUCAAGUGCUCCAACAACCUGUGCAUCAACGCCACGCUGCAGUGUGACGGCUGGAACGACUGCGGAGACGCCAGCGACGAGGACAACUGCAAGUGCGAGGCGACUCAGACCAAGUGUAAAAACGGCCGCUGUAAGCCCAAGUUCUGGGAGUGCGACGGCUCCGACGACUGUGGAGACAACACGGAUGAGGAGAACUGUGGGGCAUGCAAACCGGGGGAGUUUUCCUGCAGAAACAACCGCUGUGUCCCAGAGAAGAUGAAGUGUGACGGAAGAGACGACUGCUCGGACGGAUCGGACGAGUCUACGUGUGAGAAAUCUCUGGUGCUGGACCAGUGUUCCCAGUUCACCUUCCGCUGCCGGAGCGGAGGCUGCAUCAGCAAACUGAACCCCGAGUGUGACGGAGAACAGGACUGUGAGGACGGGUCGGAUGAGGAAGACUGCAAGUGCGGGAUCCGGCCGUACCGCAGCUCUCGUAUCGUGGGCGGCGUGGCGUCCCGGGAGGGCGAGUGGCCGUGGCAGGUCAGCCUCCACAUCAGGGGAACGGGCCACGUGUGCGGAGCGUCGGUGCUGAGCAGCCGCUGGCUGCUGACGGCCGCUCACUGCGUCCAGGACAGCGGCACAAACAAGUACUCCCAGGCUGACCAAUGGCAGGCCUUCCUGGGACUGCAUGUGCAGAGUCAGACCAACGAGUGGACGGUGCAGAGGAACGUGAAGCGCAUCAUCGCUCACGCCGACUACAACGCCUUCACCUACGACAACGACGUGGCUCUGAUGGAGCUGGACGCAGACGUCCCGCUCAACCAGUACAUCUGGCCCAUCUGUCUGCCCUCGGCCUCCUACCACUUCCCAGCAGGCCGAGAGGCGUGGAUCACCGGCUGGGGCGCCAUCAGGGAGGAGGGCGUCUCUGCGACCGUCCUGCAGAAGGCCGAGGUUCGGAUCGUCAACAGCACGGUGUGUAAGAGUCUGAUGGAGGGCGAGCUCACCGAGCGCAUGAUCUGCGCCGGAGUCCUUAAAGGAGGCGUGGACGCCUGUCAGGGCGACUCCGGCGGCCCGCUGUCCGUCGCCACCCCCAGUGGGCGGGUCUUCCUGGCCGGCGUGGUGAGCUGGGGCGACGGCUGCGCCCGGAGGAACAAACCGGGCGUCUACGCCAGGACCACCAGCUUCCGCCGCUGGAUAAAGGAGAACAGCGGAGUGUAGCAGCAACGCAGCGGACGAGCCAUAUCUCUCCUGGAUAUUAAUAACUGGAGCUGAGUGGGACUCAGCACAAUCUGUCAACUACACUCAUUGGACAUUUAAUAAGACUACAUACACACAGACACACACACACGCACACACACACACACACACACACACACACACAUGUAUAUAUACACACACACAUUUUCUAUGAAUCAACUGCUUGCUUUCUUUUUUUAACUUUUUUAUGUUAAUGAAACUGAGAUCACAACUUGAUUGUCUUAUUUUUAUACGAUGAUGAUGAUCAUAAUAUUCAGGUCACUCUCUCAGGGAAUAAUUUCACUCAGAGCUUCUAAAAGAUGAAGAUGUUUCUGAGUUAACGGUAAAAUACAGCAGCUACGCAAACGGACAAAGAUAAUGUGCAACAAAAAAAACGAUACAAUACUUAACAAAACUUAUCAACAUUAUGGCAAAUGGACUGCAUUUAUAAAGCGCUUUUAUAGUCUCAGCAGCCACUUAGCGUGCAUUUCUACAUUAUUUAUUAAAGAUUGAUAAAGCCUGAUGAGAUUUGUUAGAAUAUAUGAAGCUUAUUUGAAGGCUGACUCAUUAGAAAGUGGGUCCAAAACAAUGAAGUAUAAAAAUUACAAACGUGUGCAGUGAUAUGAGCAUUAAAUUGUUGAGAUAACAUAGGAAGAAUAUGAACGCUAUAUAAGAUAAUAUGAUAAUUGUUCUGUGUUUGAAGUUGUGAUCUUCAGAUAACGGGUUUAAAAAUGCUCUCUGCUUCUGUAAGAACAAGAGAAACACUUCUGGGGAAAAAAAACCUUUUGUAUGGUUUAGUAAAUACCUAAAUAAUGUAGUUGUGAUCAUGUUAUAUCCUCAUGAACAUGUCUUGAUAUGAAUUAUACUUUAUACGUUUCCUCCUGAAGCUUCAUUGUUGUGUAAGUAAUGAUAUCCAAUAUUCUCAGGGAGAAAACAUUUAAAUAUGAUCAUUAUCUGAGUCUUCUCUUCUACUUAAGCCUGGUUCAGACGGCAGGAUAAUUAGGCCGAUUUUAGCCCGAUUCCCCCCUCCCCACAAUCUUAAGGAUGCUCCGAUUAUCCUAAAAUAAUCUGAU